AUGGCACUUGUACCGACAAAAGACAACACAAAUAGAGAAAAGGAAAACGGCGGAGACGCCGGACAAUUCCAAACAUGGAAGUUGAAAAGAGUGAUUACGGGAAAUAAAGGGUGGAUAUCAUCGAUCAGUUUCGACCCAUCAAAUGAAUGGUUUUGUGUCGGGUCGCACGACGAGACGAUUAAGAUAUUUGGACUGGUCAGAGCAGAACAGAAGUUGACACUGACGGGACAUAUCGGCGCUGUUAGAACAACUCAAGUGUCCCGACGACAUCCUUACCUCUUCUCCGCAGGUGACGAUAGAGACGUUAGAUGCUGGGACUUAACAAUCAAUAAAGUGAAUCGAAUGUAUCAUGGCCAUCUCUCAAGUAUCGACUGUCUUGACAUUCACCCAACGAUGGAUUUAAUAGCGUCGGCUGGGAGAGAUGCAGUUGUCCGCCUCUGGGACAUUCGAACGAAAGAGUCUAUUGAUGUCUUGGAAGGACACACAUCGACGGUGUUUGACGUUAAAUUUCAAGAGACGUCACCGCACAUUCUUUCUGCGUCUGCCGAUGGGAUGAUCCGAGGGUGGGACUUAUAUACGGGAAAGUGCGUUCAGUGCUACACUCAACACAAAAAGGGAGUUCGGUGUCUCGAGAUGUGGGGAGAUCAUAAUAUGAUGAGUGGGAGUUCUGAUGUUGUCAAAGAGUGGGAUAAAAAUGUGUUAGUGUCUGACAUAUAUGCUCCGAAGAGUACUGUGAAUACUAUCAAGCGCAAUGAAGACGGUGUAGUCUUCUUUGGUGAGAAUGAUGGGACGUUGUCGGUGUAUAGUGAAAAGGAUCAUCGCGUUAUGCAAACGAUGAAGAACAUUAUCCAACCUGGAUCAUUACAAAGUGAAGGAGGAAUCAUUUGUUCUUCAUUUGAUGAGACUGGAAUGAGGUACUUUACUGGGUGUGUUGAUAAGACCAUCAAGAUGUAUGUCCCUAUGGUUGAGUGA